CAAACAUUGUAUGUUUAUUAAUUACUGUACCUAUAAUUUCUGAUAUCGCGUGAGACCCAGUAACAUCAAUGCAAUGGCCUGAACCACUUGUUGAAUUGAAUCUACAAGAAUAGCGAGAAAAGCUCGACGCAAGUCCCUUCUAUUUUUACACGUUUAUAUUAUUUAUAAAUUCAGUAUGUAUUUAGUAUUUGACGACUUUGUCAAUAUCAACUAGUAGCGAACCGUUAGUUGAAAGUGAAAUUUUAAAAUCUCGAUUAGAAAUGUUUUAAGGCUGUUUCAGUGCAAGGCCGCAUGGUGCGCAUUCGUUUGCCCUGUUAUUGUUUUGUUUUCGUUUUGUAGGUGGUCGUCUUUGUUAGUGUGCAAUAAUUGAUAAUUAUUUAAUAAACAUAAAGUGGCUUUAAAAGGCUUGUGGAAUGUACUAAAAAGUUAAAUAUUUUAAAGAGUGUUUGUGUCAUUCAUGUGUCGAACUUGAUGUGGUACAGUUAAGAACAUGGCAAAACCAGUGGACGAAUAUGCUCACGGGGAACCUAUUCCGUAUGAUCCUGAUUUCAAUGGUCCUUUAAGAAAAAGGUCAUGUACGGAUAUUCUUUGUCUAAUGAUAUUUAUGGUUUUCGUCGCCGCCUGGAUUGGAAUUGGAAUAUAUGCCGUAACAAAUGGAAGUCCCUCAACACUACUGGUUCCAAGGGACUCGCUAGGAAGGCGAUGUGGCAAAGAUACUGACGUCCUAGAUAAACCAUAUUUGCUCUUUCACGAUAUAACUAAAUGUUUGGAUCCAUCUACACCUUUCACUGGAUGUAAAACACCAGAAGUUUGUGUUUCGUCGUGUCCAUCUGAAUUUGACUAUUACCGGAAUACCAAGAAGUGCCCAGAUGAAUACCUUUUUGAUGAAACGGAGUGUCCACCAUAUGUAUUACCCAGUACAUCUCUACUAUUCCGUUGUGUGUACAACAUCGAGGACAGAAGAAAGCUAAGGAACAAGAAAAUCUCACAAAUAACAGGAGAUGAAAUUCAGCUCAUCAAAAAUUUUCUUCAGCCCUGGCAUCUUUAUAUAACUGUUUUUGUACACGGAGUGAUAUCACUUUUCAGCGAAGAUGACAAUCCCCACGAGAUCGGUCAAAAAAUAAUUGAAGAUUUAAUCACAUGUUGGUGGAAAAUUGCACUGGGUGUUGGUAUUGCCCUGGUGGUGUGUUUAAUCUAUAUAUUUAUUCUAAGGUGGUUCGCAGGUCCUUUAGUAUGGCUUUCUAUUAUUGGUGUUGUCGUCGGAUUAGGAGCAGGAUUAUAUUUUUCAAUAGUCCAAUACAACCACGCCCUAAACGAUAUCUCUAGCAACAACAAUACACAAUACGAAGAGGAAAAAGAAAUGCGCGAAAAACAAUUAAAAACAACCAAGGACUUAUGGCUUACAUGCGUAAUAAUAGUAGCCAUUGUUUUAGUGGUGAUAUUGCUUAUACUUCUUGUUCUCAGGAAACGAAUCGUACUAGCCAUAACUUUAAUUAAAGAAGGAAGCAAGGCCGUAGGAUCAGUGACAGCUGCGUUAUUCUUUCCUAUUUUACCAUGGAUUCUACAGUUCGGUGUGAUAGCGUAUUCCAUUGCAGUAGGUGUAUAUCUCGCAACUGUUGGUAAACCAUUGUACAAAACCAGAUAUUUAAGUACCGAUUGUUCUAAACUCGUUGGGUUAGACGAUGAUGUUGAAUGUGAUCCAGACGAUUGGAAUAAGAACAUAAUAACUAAAGUCGAUUUUAAGACAUUUUGUGUAAAUGCCACUUGUAAAUUUAUUAAAAUGAAUAAUGAUGUGAUGUAUCCCUACUUACAAGCUUACAAUAUAUUCGCCUUCUUUUGGUUGUUAUGCUUUGUUAUUGCAUUGGGACAGAUGGUGCUGGCAGGAGUGUUUGCUCAAUGGUACUGGACAUUCAAGAAAUCACGUUUGCCUUUCUUUGCGGUUACUUCAGCAUUUGCAAGAACCUUAAGGUACCACAUCGGAACUCUAGCGUUCGGUUCUUUGAUAAUAGCCAUUUGUAAGCUAAUUAGACUUUUCCUAGAAUACGUCGAUCAUAAAGUUAAAAAGUACGAUAAUGACCUCACCAAAGCCAUCAUGUGCAUAUUCAAGUGCUUCUUCUACUGCCUCGAAAAAUUCCUACGCUUCCUUAACAAGAACGCUUACAUAAUGUGUUCCAUUCACGGUAAGAACUUUUGUGUCAGUGCCAAAGAUGCGUUUAUGCUGCUCAUGAGGAACAUCUUGAGGGUCUGGGUUCUUGAUAAGAUUACGGACUUCCUUUUCUUCCUCAGUAAAGUUUUGCUGACGCUAGGAGUUGGAGCAGCAUCAUAUGUGUUCUUCGCCUCAGGGUUGCUUCCUACAAAAGUUAUCGACAAUUCUGAUCUCCAUUACGGAAUGGUGCCGGUUGCUGUAAUUAUGAUUUGCACUUUCUUCAUAUCAUCGCUGUUCUUUAAUGUUUACUCCAUGGCCGUUGACACGCUAUUUUUGUGCUUUUUGGAAGAUUGUGAAAGAAACGAUGGAUCUCCGGAGAAACCUUACUAUAUGUCCAAGAGCCUUAUGAAAAUAUUUGGAAAGAAGAACAAAAUAGAAUAAAUAAAAUAAACUGUAAGGCAGUAUUUACAAUUUUACCUGUAAGAAUAUCUGUGAUAUAAGUAAAUACAGUAGAUACGAACCUUUAGACUAUGACGAAUGCCAAAAAAGAUAAAAUUGUAAAGUUUAAUCAAAUGUAUAAUAUAUUUUAGAGUAUGUAAUUGUAAUGUUUUUAAAAAAUGUAUUUUAUACUGUUAUUUUGUCUUUAAUUUCCGAUCACAAUUUGUUAGUAACCUAAUUUAGAGUAUAAAUGGGAAAUAUUG